CCCGCCCCCACUGGCCCCACCGCCCGGCCGCAGCGCUCCGUCCCCUCGGGCCUCGGAAACUGCGCGCCCCGUUGGCUUCUGACGCCUCGUAGCCACCAUUACCUUCAUUCAAGAUGAAUAGCGGUCAAAUUACACUGGUUGGUCAAGUGUUUGAGUCUUACGUCUCAGAAUACCAUAAGAAUGAUAUUUUUCUAAUCUUGAAGGAAAAGGAUGAAGAUGCUCAUUAUUCAGUUGUGGUUAAUGCCAUGACCCUUUUUGAGACCAAUAUGGAAAUUGGGGAAUAUUUCAAUGCAUUCCCCAAUGAAGUACUCACUGUUUUUGAUAGUGCUCUUCAAAGGUCAGCCUUGACACUUCUCCAGUCUCUCUCUCAGCCUGAGGAUUUCACCUUAAAACAGAAUCUUCAUGCCAGGAUAUCAGGUUUGCCUGUCUGUCCUGAGCUGGUGAGAGAGCACAUCCCUAAAACCAAGGAUGUAGGACACUUUUUAUCUGUCACUGGGACAGUGAUUCAAACAAGUCUGGUGAAGGUCUUGGAGUUUGAGCGGGAUUACAUGUGCAACAAAUGCAAGCAUGUGUUUGUGGUCAAGGCUGACUUUGAGCAGUAUUAUACUUUCUGCCAACCAUCCUCCUGUCCCAGCUUGGAUAGCUGUGAUUCUUCAAAAUUUACUUGCCUCUCAGGCUUAUCUUCAUCUGUGACCAAGUGUCGAGAUUAUCAGGAAAUCAAAAUUCAGGAACAGGUUCAGAGGCUGUCUGUUGGAAGUAUUCCACGAUCUAUGAAAGUUAUCUUAGAAGAUGACUUAGUAGACAAUUGUAAAUCUGGCGAUGACCUCACUAUUUAUGGAGUGGUAAUGCAGCGCUGGAAACCCUUUCAUCAAGACGUGCGCUGUGAAGUGGAGAUAGUCCUGAAAGCCAAUUAUAUCCAAGUAAAUAAUGAACAGUCUGCAGGGAUCAUCAUGAAUGAAGAGGUCCGAAAGGAAUUUGAAGAUUUUUGGGAAUACUAUAAGAGCGAUCCCUUUGCAGGAAGAAAUGAAAUAUUGGCUAGUUUGUGCCCUCAAGUUUUUGGCAUGUAUCUAGUAAAGCUUGCUGUGGCCAUGGUGCUGGCUGGUGGGAUUCAAAGGACAGAUGCUACAGGAACACGGGUCAGAGGUGAAUCUCAUCUUUUAUUGGUUGGGGAUCCUGGCACAGGGAAAUCUCAAUUCCUCAAAUAUGCAGCAAAGAUUACACCAAGAUCUGUGCUUACCACAGGAAUUGGAUCUACUAGUGCAGGUCUGACAGUAACUGCUGUAAAGGACUCAGGGGAAUGGAAUUUGGAGGCUGGAGCAUUAGUACUUGCAGAUGCAGGCCUAUGCUGUAUCGAUGAGUUUAACAGCCUCAAAGAACAUGACAGAACCAGUAUCCAUGAAGCAAUGGAGCAACAAACCAUCAGUGUUGCUAAGGCUGGCCUUGUGUGCAAGCUAAACACAAGGACCACCAUCCUCGCAGCAACUAAUCCCAAAGGCCAGUAUGACCCCCAUGAGUCUGUGUCGGUGAACAUCGCCCUUGGCAGCCCACUCUUAAGCCGAUUUGACCUAAUUCUGGUUUUGCUUGACACCAAGAACGAAGACUGGGAUCACAUCAUUUCCUCCUUUAUCUUAGAAAAUAAAGGUUACCCAAACAAAUCAGAGAAACUCUGGAGCAUGGAAAAGAUGAAAACCUACUUCUGCCUUAUUAGGAAUCUGCAGCCCAAGUUAUCAGAUGUGGGAAAUCAAGUUCUUCUUCGCUACUACCAGAUGCAAAGGCAGAGUGAUUGCCGGAACGCCGCCCGCACCACCAUCCGCCUGUUGGAAAGCUUGAUCCGAUUAGCAGAAGCUCAUGCUCGCCUGAUGUUUCGUGACACGGUGACUCUGGAAGAUGCUAUCACAGUAGUGUCAGUAAUGGAAUCUUCAAUGCAGGGAGGCGCGCUGCUAGGUGGCGUGAAUGCACUUCACACUUCCUUUCCAGAAAAUCCUCUGGAGCAAUACCAAAGACAGUGUGAACUUAUUCUGGAAAAGCUGGAGCUGACCAACCUCUUGAAUGAAGAGCUAGCAAGACUUGAAAGGUUACAGAAUCAGAGUGUGUACCCAUCCCAACCAUGGGCCAGGGAGGAAGAAUCUACUCCAGGAUUCUCGAGAAGUGAUCCAGAGGGAGAAUAUAAUUUCAAAACUUCAACGCAAAAAGAAAUGAAUUGCAACAUACAUACCUCUCCCACCGGAGGCAGUCCUAAGGGGAGCCCCCUAGUCAAUCCCCCAUCCCAUCUGGGGCCUAAUAUACCAAGUGGGAAACAUUCAGCUGAGCACAAAAAUAGAGAUGACAGUUUGGACUGGUUUGACUCCAUGGCAACUCAUCAGAUGAAACCUAACAACACUGUUCCUGUGUCUCCCAGUCCCAAAACAACUGGGGGAAAAAUGGCUUUGAAAAUCUCCAGCAACAAAUCUCAGGGUAAGGAAGAGAGUAAGCCAGGCCAAAAGAAACAUUUGGAAAUUGGACAGAUUCCAGCACCUGGAGAGAUAGAGACUCCUUUGAGGUCAGAUAAUAUUGAGGGUAAGAAGGCCAAAACGGCAGCAAUUGUUACGGAAGCAUCUGCUGAUGAACCAGACUCACUGCUGACUCAUCAUGUCCCCAGAAAACUGCACAAAUUGCGCAAGGGGCGGGCCCAGGAGCUGUGCAGAAAAUCCACCAGGGCGCCUGUGCACACCCGCCCCUCUCCUCAGUCUAUUCCUUUACAAAACCCAGACAACACAUUGGGGUCUCCCAAAAGGAAGAGACAUAAACCCUUCACUCAGGUGGAAGAGCAUGAGUGUGUUGAUAGUCCAGUUCUUCCUGUGGCCAAACUGGCCAAGUUUACUUUCAAAAAGAAGUCCAAACUGAUCCACUCCCCUGAAGACUCUAGUAAUGUGACUCCUGGUGCAACUGGAAUAGUAGUUCAGAGUCCUAAGAUUUCCCGACAUAGAACAGGAAAAGAAGCAGCUCUGCCUAAGAAGGAUCCAGAAAAAUUGACCCCCAUCUCAGGAAAUAGAAGCUCAGAUCAGUCGCAGCGGAAGACAAAGGAGGCAUCACGGCAAACACCAGAGAAAGAUGGACCAAGAGAGAAGAGGGAAUGUGCCCCUGAAAAGAGAAUUAUUCUGCCUGGUUUAGAGCUUGGCAGCAAGACUGGGCAUUUUCAUCUUACUUGUGAAAGAGACAGGAAAGAAGAGGUUUCAUGCAAUAAUAAAGGCAGUAAGGUUCAUGCUGGCACAUUAGCCAAAUUGGCAAACUUCUCUUUUACUUCUUCCUCUGAAUCCAAAUCAGAAUCCCCUCCUCCUCCUGAAAGUAAGAACUGGGGUACAGGAGGCCCUAACCCUUCUUCUACAAUCACGGCUUCAGUGCAUGGCAGUAAAAGGAAAACUUUUCAGCUGGAGGGGUUCACUGAGAAAUCGAUUCUUUCAAAAAACCUUCUCUUCACUUUAACAGAACUAGAUGAAGAAGCAUUAGACUUUGAUUGGGAUGAAGAAAUGAGAAAAAAACCUUAAUCAUGAAAAGCUUUGUGGUCGAAUUUCAACUUUCCAACUCAAUGGAGCACCUUCUCAAUGUCAACAUGGUAUCAGUAAAUGGACAGAACGAUUGGAUGUAUUAAGUGAGCACCGUUCUGAAUGCUGGCUUCCUCAAGUUUUACAACCCAGGUUUAGCUUGUCACUUAAAAUGUGCAAUCAGUUUAGGUCGGUGUGAUAACAGCACUUGAAUCAACUUAUUUGACAUUGUGCUUAAUUUUGCAAAUGGGGUACAUGUAUUCCCAAUGAUGUCCCUAUUUCAGUUUGAUUUGUAUUUAAGGUGAAGGAUCUUCCCUAGACCCAAUCUCUUUUUCACUCCAUAGAAAUGCAGAUAGAUAGUGCUCAUAACACUAACAAGGCAAAUGAACUAUUUUUUUUUCCCCACCCAAGAUUCACUGAGUAUGUUGAAUAUUAUUGUGAUUGUCAAAAUCAUGUGAACUUUCAAAUAGUUUUUAAAAACGGAUUCCCAUGACUAAUGCUUUUCUUUCCUUGAGAGACAUCUUCACAAUUCCAUGUAUUCCUAAAGAUCUGGCAACUGGUCACAUAGUAGCUUUCUGAAGGACUGACUUUUUGGGUUUUCCUUUCUUUCUUAAUCCAACAUGGUGUACUUCAGAUUCUUUUAUUUCUUAGGGACCUACCUUCAAACAGAAUUUAAGCCCUGUGGUUGUGAAGAGAGAGACUGUAUAGUAACUCCAAUCAUAACAUACCCAGGAGGUUCAUACAGAAAUGUGACCUUACUAAAUUAUGACUCAUUUGUCUUAAAACCAAACAAAUGAAUUGUUAUGAUUCAUUUGUCUUUAAAACCAAGUAAAUGACUGUAUUUAGUAGGAAUAGACAAUUCAAAUUUUGUUUUAAGUGUUUUUAAAAUUAUUUUUUCCUUUGUGUUCUAGCAAGGUUUGUUAGAAGUCCUUGAAUAUAGCCUUUCUCUUCUAAAGCAUAAAUUUGAGAAAUAACAAUUAAUUGAUUAUUUAACUCUCUGAGGGAAUUUUUGAACAAAAAUACUCAAAAUUAUAUAUACUUUAAUAUUCACUUCAU